UAAAACCAAAAUACUGCAACGAGGGGUAAGGAAUAUGCUCCAUUUAUCUUGUAGGAGGGGGUGGCAAGCAAGUGGUUUAUGCUUAUCUGGGGAGCUUCCUCCCAGCUUCUCCCUUUUCCGCUUUCACUCCCAGCCCCUUAGCCAAUAAACAACCAUCACCGUGACCAGAUCACAUUGGCUAUUUACAAGGCAGAGAUGACAAGGAAACAGUUCUAGAACAAUGGUAAAGAACCAUUUUCAGGGUUGAAAUUGUUACUGUCUGAUGAUUGGUUGGGGAGGGGGGGGAGGAAGAGAAGUAGAGAGAGAGAGAGAUUUAUUGGCGAUUACAUAUGAGUUGUUGCUAUCUCUCCUCCUUUCUUCUUUUUGAGAAGCAAUGAAAGAUUGGAAGGUGGUGAAAGAGAUGGGGAAGACAAGCAAGUGGAUUAGAAACAUGUUGACGGGCAAGAAAGACAAAGAUAAGGAAAACAAUGCAGGCAAUGAGCCAGCUUCGCGUGGCACUGAGAACCCCAGUACCACCCCAAUUCUGAUCCCACCGACCACUCCGAAAGAGAAGAGGAGAUGGAGUUUCAGGAGAUCAUCGGCGACGGCCGCGACUCAGAGGGACUCAAAUGGUGUGGUGGACACAAUUGCCACGACCCCCCCUGCAGUGCAGGCAUUGCUGGAAACAGAAAAUGAGCAGAAGAAGCAUGCACUGGCAGUCGCUGCAGCCACUGCUGCGGCCGCAGACGCUGCUGUGGCGGCCGCACAGGCCGCUGCUGCAGUGAUCCGGCUCACUGCCGCUGCCACCACCGGGAGAUCUAGUGCCAUAGAAGAGGCUGCUGCCAUAAAAAUCCAAUCUGUUUUUCGUGGUUAUUUAGCAAGGAAGGCACUGUGUGCAUUGAAAGGGCUAGUGAAGUUGCAGGCUCUGGUGAGGGGUCACCUGGUCAGGAAACGAGCUGCCGCAACCCUCCGGUGCAUGCACGCUUUGUUGACUGUUCAGGGCAGAGCUCGAGCUCAGAGGAUGAAGAUGGCUGAAGAAUCAAAGCCUAAUAAUCAGAGGCAGUUCAAUCCCAGAAAAAGCAUACAGGAGAAUAGGUUCAGGAACACAUAUCAGGAGAUGGAAGAGAACAUCAAGAUUGUGGAGAUGGAUCUUGGAGAAUCAAAGGGAAGCACAAAGGGGAGGAACAGCUACUCAAAUCACACACAAACAGAACGAACAGAGCAUCGAUUUUCAACAUAUUCUUUGCCAAAUCACACAUACUCAAAGCAAGAUCACAGCGACUUGUCACCAGCACCAUCGGCACUGACCGACAUGAGCCCAAGAGCUUGCAGUGGGCAUUUCGAGGACCACUCCUUUGGCACAGCACAGAGCAGCCCUCAGUACUACUCUGCAGCAUCCAAACCCGAUCCCUCUAGAGUUCCUUUUGCCUUCCCCAAGCAAGAUUAUGCAGAGUCCCUCUCAUAUGACUACCCUUUCUUCCCAAACUACAUGGCUAAUACUGAAUCCUCAAAGGCAAAAGUGCGAUCACAGAGUGCACCAAAGUCCCGGCCUGAUUCGUUUGAGAGGCAGCCAAGCAGGCGGAGGCCAUCACUCGAAGGGAGGAAUGUGCCACGGGCUGUGAGGAUGCAGAGAUCAUCUUCACAUGUUGGUUCCACGGCUCAGAAUUAUCAGUACCCAUGGUCGAUCAAGCUUGACAGGUCGAGUGUUUCCCUCAAGGACAGUGAAUCUGGAUCAACCAGCACAGUUCUCACCAACACUAACUACUGCAGAUCCCUAGCUGGAUUCGAUGUCAAAGGAAAUAGGUACUGAAACCGCUUUCUGUGGCAGAACUAGAAAGGAUUUCAGAGGCUAGACAAUUGACAUCAAAGCUUGUGGUUGAGAGGUGAUGGCUGAAGGCAAUAAGGUGUUUGAUCCAGUAGCUGCUAGAAGUUUCUGACAGCUGUUCGUCCUAAUUUUCCAGUGUGUAGAGUUUUCAUUUUGUCUCUUCUCUGGUUACAUUGUUUGGUUGUUGAACUUCAAAUGUGUUUCCUGAGGCCAAAGCUAAGUCCUCUGUACUGUAAGAACUACAAGUUGUUCAUAGAAAUCCAUUGCGUGUGAAUUUUUAAUCCUAUGAACAGACGUGUUCCC